UUCCGCACAUCACUCCCAUCACCAAACCGACUUCAUGCUGCAAACAAGAAGCAGCAGCAGCAGCAGCAGACACACCCGAGGCGAGCCAGACCUCACUGGUGCGGUCUGGUGGUGUCACCGCAGCCGCUAAACCAGGAAAAGAAAGACAUAUUUAACGGAACAAUGUGAUGCUGUUGUCUUCUUCUUGUUGUUGUUUUUUUGUAGUGUUGGCAUAUCAUGAUCGCCUGUGAAGGAGACGACGUUGUCUGCAGUUUGGUGCAAGAUGAGCAGUAAAAGAGAGAGGGAGCAGAGGAAGAAGCUGCAGCACUUUCUAAGUGACCUGGCUCUACUGGGGUCACUGCAGGGGUUUAAAUACUUCCAGCCUUGGCUAAGAGGGAAAGAGGAGUUGCUGCUGACGGUCGUCAAUGAGGAUCUGGGUUGGCGCUCCCCGGGUUUCGUUGUCUCCAGAGCCUCCUCCUUUUCCUCCACCAGCAGUUGUAACAGCAGCGAUGUCUCCCGCAGCAGCAGCUCCCCUUGCCUGGACAGCCGGAGCAGCUCACCCCUACCCGGGGAGCCUCCGGGCCCACGAGAACCUCAGUCGCACACUAAAACCCAACCACAGACUGCCAGGGACACCAGCAGUGAAGAGCACCUCCUCCCAGCAUCUCCCAGCGAAAGAGAGAUAGCAGUGCCUGAGGUGAACUGCACUCUGUUUUUACUGGCCGGCUACGUCAAGUACGGACGGCCCUACGCCUGGAUACGCUCCAAUCACGAGCGCCUGGUCAACAUCGGAGGCACAGAUUCGAUGGUCAAGGACACGCCCAUGAAACUCAAGUCCAUCGCAGACUGGCAGACACGAGGUAUUCGUGUGUGGGACGUCGUCAGCGAGCUGGUGUCCCUGUGCACCAUUCCAUCUCCCUCCAACCCCUUCGCCCUGGACAUGCGUUACAUCAAAAGCCUUCCCCUCCCUGACCGCUUCCUCGUCACGGGCGCUCUCCUCAACUUUCUGGAGAUGUACGUGGUGUACGGGAACAGGGACGAGCUGCACUAUGACAAAGUGGUAGAGGAGGUGAAACCUCUCAGGCGUCUUCACGUCCAGUCCCUGCUGGAGUUACAGCGACACAGAGAGAGCUCGGGGUCAACCGGCAGUCCCGCGGUGCAGGACUCUUCUGGAGAGGAGUGACUAAAGAUUGUUCGUAUGUGAGACAAGAUAUGCUUGGUGCACUUUUAUUGACCUCUAGUAGUAAAGUGUGUGAAAACUCAUCAUAAAGACUCAAUUUAUGUCGUUUCAGGUUUGUCUUUUUGCCGCGUCUGACACAUUUCAUAAGAUUUCAAGUGUGUUUAUGUAACAUGUACGAACAAAACGUCUGGUGAGAGCUCGUCACAGUGUUGUACAGACCGUUCAGCUUCAAGGCUGUCCAGUUGGAGCUUUAUCUGCGUCUUUACUUCAGUCGGAAGGUAGUCACAUGUAUCAGUUUUUGAAAACACUGAAGGAACAACCCUGGGAAAUAAGUCACAUGACUGAGAUUAAACAUCCCAGGACCUCUCUGGAUGUCUUGCCCUGCCACACUAACUGUCCAAUCCCGUUCUCCCCACACACACACUUAACAGGAAUUCGGUUUUCUUCAAGCCAAAUAUAACUUCUUUUUUUAAAGUUAAGCGUUCAAGCCUGGAAACCUCUGGGGGUCAAAGCUACAGAAGUUGAAGCUGGUUAAAUAUUUGUCUUGUUGAAAGUCACAGCAGUGCGAGAAGAACAACAUGUACAGACAAACAAAAGUUGUUGUUAUUAAAAAAAGGUUUUAAUAUUUCAUAAAAUACAUAUUUAAUUAAAUAUGUACAAUAACAUAAAAACAGUACACUGAUAAAAUACGCUCGCCUUAAAGCAGGCACUUUAACCCCCGUCUCUGAGACUGGAGUUGUGCCGUUUGUAAUUGAAAAGAUACACCAUAAAUACAAAAAGUUAAAAUAAAAAACCUAGUGGCACAUCAUUCAAAAAACACCUUUCCUGGUUUAAAAUAAAAAAU